UCAGUCCCAAGAAGGCCGCUUCUACACAUCUCCAUACACAGCGCGAUGGCCGAGAGCGGCGCCGCCAAGCCACGCGUCGGCGACCUCUACUGGAAGAAGGUCGGCUCUAACGGAUGGACCCUCGGGAAGGUCUGCGCCGUCGCCGAAGAGACCAACAUGGCCGAGUUCGGCCUCGUCGACGAAGACUCGGGCGACAUGCUGCGCGAGCCCCACGAGAUGCUCGACCUCGCCGAGCACCCGCUCUUCCCGGCGAAUCCGCUCUUUAGCACGUGCGCCGACAUGACGUCGCUGCACCACUUGCACGAAGCGGCGUUGGUCAAGAACCUCCAAGAUCGCUCGGCGCUCUCCAACCAGCGCCCGUACACAUUCAUGGCCAACGUCCUCAUCGCCAUCAACCCGCUGCGAUACCUCGAAGAAGUCGAUAAAGACCUCUUCAUUGGCAAGCCGCUCGACAAGUGCCCACCGCACCCAUACCACGUCGCCGAGAGCGCGUACCGGCAGCUCUGCACAUUGCGGCCCGUCAUGCAGAACCAGAGCAUCAUCAUCAGCGGCGAGUCGGGUUCGGGCAAGACCGAGACGUCCAAGAUCAUCCUCGAUUUUCUGACGAUGCGCGCGGUUGCGCCGCGCUCCGAGAGCUUUGACGACCACUCGGAGCCCGAGGUCACGACGAUGCCCCUCAAGCGCCCGAGCAUCUCGAAAGGCCCCAGCGGCUCAUCGCGCGUGCUCUCGUCCUUCUCGAUCCGCGACGUCUCGAGCAUGCUCAAGGAGCCCAACACGGUCACCUUGGGCGAGCGGCUCAUGGAGACGAUCCCGAUCCUCGAGUCGUUCGGCAAUGCGAAGACGCAUCGCAACCACAACUCCUCGCGCUUUGGCAAGUACAUGCGCCUCCAGUUCUCGUCGCGCCAUUACGAGCUCACGGGCGCGUCCAUCGACACGUACCUCCUCGAGAAGUCCCGGCUCGUGCACCCGCCCAACGGCGAGCGCAACUUUCACAUCUUCUACGAGCUCUUGCGCUCCGGUCGGUCGGACCUCCAAACGCUGCUGCAUGUCGCCAACGACGACCCGGAAAGCGCGAUCCAGAGCUUCCACUACCUCAACCGGUCGGCGUGUACGAGCAGCGACCUCCUCGACGACGCAGCCAACUUUUCCAAGCUCACGGACGCGCUCCUCAUGGUCGGCAUUGACCAUGUGCAGCAGACGGACCUCUUCAAGCUCGUGGGCGGUCUCCUCCAUCUCGGCAACGUCGACUUUGACGAGGAAGAGACGUCGGAAGGCUUGUCGGCGGUGCUGGCCGAGACGUCGCUCACGAGCUUGGGCCAUGCGUCCGAGCUCCUCGGCGUGCCGGUCGACGAGCUCUCGAGCGCGAUGCUCAACAAGCGCAUCACGCGCAGCAAGGGCGGUCGGAAGAACUCGAUCUACUACCUCAAGAAGGACGCGCGCCAAGCGUCCUACUCGCGCGAUACGAUCGCCAAGAGCAUCUACGAACUCGUGUUUUCGUGGCUCAUGCGCCAGUGCGCGUGCGCGCUCGAGUACAACGAAGCGCUCCGAGAUGUGCUGCCGUACAUUGGCGUCCUCGAUAUCUUUGGCUUUGAGGAUUUCGAGCCCAUGAACCGCAACUCGUUCGAGCAGCUCUUGAUCAACUACGCCAACGAGACGCUCCAGAGCAUCUUCAACACGUGCAUCUUCCAGGCCGAGCAAGAGCUCUACCUCUCCGAGCACAUCCACGUGCCCAACAACGUGGAGCUCGCGUUCCCGUUUGCGCUGCCCGGACAGCCGCUACCGAGUCUGACGCCGACCAACGAACCGAUCGCGGAGCGGCUCAACUCGACGAGCGAGCUCAUCACGUACGUCGACAAUCAAGAGUGCCUGACGCUGAUCGCGUCCCGCCAAGGCGGUGUGUUUGCGACCAUUGACACGGUCUCGCGGCUGCCGGGCCCGUCGGACCGCAAGCUCAACGAGCGUCUUCACACGCUCUUCAAGCGCAACGCCUGCUUUCCGCUGCCGCACCCAAAGGAAGCGCACGAGAUGUUUUGCAUCGUGCACUACGCGGGCACGGUCAAGUACCACAUCGAGUCGUUCAUUGACAAGAACAACAACAUCAUCUCGGCGCAGUUUGAGGAGCUCAUCCACAUGUCGCGGUCACGCAUUCUGAGCUCGCAGCCGACGACGACGCCCGUGAGCAGCCAGCUCAAGGGUGGAUCGGUCUCGCAGAUGUUCUCGGUGCAAAUGAAGGGCCUCGCGUCCGAGCUCGAGGGCACGCGCUGCAACUUUAUCCGGUGCAUCAAGCCCAACGCCGCGAUGGCGGUCGGCGUCUUUGACCGCAACUCGGUCGUCGACCAGCUCCGCUGCUCGGGCACGGUUCAAGCCUGCUCGGUGCUGCGGGUCGGCCUCCCGACACGCAUCUUGUACGCUGAAGUCGUCGACAUUUACGCGCCACUCGUCGGCGACGAGGUCUACAGCCUCUUCAAGCUCAACGAGCGCCUCUUCACGCAAGCCAUUUGCGCAGCCUUGCGCUUUCCUGCCGAUGCGUACCGGCUCGGCGAUACGCGGCUCUUUUUCCGGACGGGCAAGAUCGAUUUGCUCGACCAACUGCUCAACGUGACCAAAAUCGACCCGCACUUGCCGUCCGCGCUCGGCCGCUACGUGAUCAAGCGCCGGUGGGUCUCGGCCGUCACCAAGGCCAUCGUCUACAAGCGCUUUGAGCGCAUCUACCACGAGUGCAAGUUUCGCCGGCGCGCGAUCGUGCUCCAGUGCGCGUGGCGCCAGCACCGCGCGCGUCUCGAGCUCGCGUCGCUUCGUCGCCAGCAGGCGAUUGCGCUCAAGCUCCAAAGCUGGAUCCGCAAGCUGCAGAUCAUGAAGGCGUUUGCGGGCCGCCCGGACGAGAAGCUCUCGCUUCUCAACGGUCUUUUGAGCAAGCCAGCGCUGCCAAAGGGCCAAAAGUGGCUGCUCACGUGGCUCGGGCCGCUCCAGCGCGCCAUGUACGUCCAAAAGCUCUGCCGCAAGGCGUGCGUGGCCUUUAUGGUCAAGCGCGGGUUCCUCUGGCUCUACGAAAACGUGCGGAAGAAGCGCGCGCAGCUCCUGUUGCAGACGCAGAUGCGCGUCUUGCUCGCCAAACGGCGGCUCCAAGAGCUCGUGCGCAAGCGCCGCGCCCGCGACAACUGGAAGCGCGCGAUUCUCGGGGCGCGGGUGUGUUCGCUGUUUUUGCGGCAGUUUAAGCGUGUACAUUUGACGCGCCUCGAAGCCAGCCACGAGUCGCUCACGGCGCACAAUGAGGCGCUGGAAGCCCGGGUGUCGGCGCUAACGUCCCAGCUCGAAGACUUCAAGAAGCAAAACGAAGCGCUGGCCGCGGCGGUCGUCGAGAACAAGCGGCUGCUCGACGCACGAGCUGCGCGCAUCGCGGCCCUCGAAGCCCAAGUGCCCAAGCCAAAGGAGUCGCUGCUCUCGCGCGUCUUCCGUUUCUUUACGUGCAACUCGGCACCGUACGACCUCGAGGACAACGACGACGACGCGGCCGAGCGUACGGUGAGUGAAUGCAGCUCGGUCGACGACCAUGCAAACAAGGUGACGCCGCCAUCGUCGACCACGUCGACGGCAUCGUCAUCGACCCCGUCGCCCGCCACAACGAUGGCCACCAAGCAGGCGCGGAAGCUCUCCAACUUUGUCAAGCCCGCCAAGCGCCAGCACGAAGGCGUCUGGAAGAUCAGCCGCUUUGUCUUCUAGGACAGAGCGUACAUGUGCGCACGCCAGUGGAAGCGUGCGAUGAUGGCACAUACGACGACGCUACUUGGCCGUUCUUGCCCCCGAUCGCAGGUGGCAUCUACUUCAACAACAGGAAGGUCCAGUCUUUAUUUAUACAAACAACAAGUUGUACUGCAUUCUCAA